AUUGUGAUACUGAUUACCAUUUCAUUAUUCUUGCGAAAUAGCAUUGAAACACAAAAAUGCGAUCACGCGAGCCCAACCGGCUUGAAUGUGAACGCAUCCGUCGCGGUUGUUUUGUUCCGUUCACGUUUUGCUGGCCGUCGUCCGAGCGCGAACGAAACGCCACACCAUUCUGUCAAAUCGUGUCAAACGCAGCGGUACUCGGUUUCGCUGUGGCCGUCUUUAACGCGAUCAAUGAUUUUGUUAUUGUUGUGAACGCACGACAUGAAAACAUUUCAGACGUCGCGUAGUGAAAAUAGAAUCAGUGUUGUGCUAAAUUGAAGACGUGUUAAAAUUGUCAUGAAAUAUCCGUUUUGGUUUUGCAAAAUAGAUCGUUUGGCAAGGUCAAGAGAGUCUGGAGUGCGUGGGAACUGAUGCGUUCUGUUUUUGUUUCUGGUGGUUUCCAGUGUUGUGUUGUUGGUUGUUAAGCGAAGUUCGCGAUGGGGUCUACGGGACUCACAUUGGCAGACUUGCCAAAUAUUUUUAUUAUGAUAGGCGCGCUGGUAGCGCUGUUCGCGAUGCUUGUGAUACUCCUCAGGAAUAUGGAGUUUAUCGGCAUAGUGGGCGAGGGUAGGCACCACGACGCGUGGGCGGUGCAGCCCCCGCGGCUGCUGAUGCAGCGCGUGCACAUACCCUUCACGUUCAAACUGGAGGAGAACCACUCCAUAGGCUACAGCGGCGUAAGCAGCGUCGUGUCAUCCACAGUGCGCUACUACCACGCAGCCUGGUGGGGCGCGCCAGUACGAGAAUUACACGCAACUCUGUGGGGCUCUCUACCACAGAUCCUCGCCUCGCCGCACCUCAGCUUCACCAGAAGUAACCCACAUGACGAGCGGCCGCUACGGCUAAGUUCAGAGGAGCCCCUUCAGCUGGGGCCACCGCCUCGAACCUGCUAUCCUCUAGUCGUGAUACUCGCGCGCGACCCGCGCGACACCACCGAGCUACGGCCCGAUGACACGGUAGCGUUGGUGAGCGUGGUGCACAUUCGCGAUGACCAGUGCCCGCUGCCCAGCGGCAUCAUCGCGCAAUAUCUCAAGCAAGCCAACGGGCAUCUCUCCUGUCUCAAGCAACUAUACGUGACAGGCGAGCAAUGCGACCCGUCAGAGCGAUACGCGGGCGCAGAAUCUGCGUUGUGCUGCGUGUGCGCGUCCGCGCCGCUGUCGCGCGCGCUCCUGCCCUGCAGGCACGCCUGUCUCUGCGCACACUGCCUGCCGAAGCUGGACAAGUGUCCGAUCUGCCGCAGCCCCAUCACGUCCUAUUUCUGUAUCCGAAACGAUGAAGAACCGCUCUCCGAGCUCAAGCAGCAACGCUUCCCCUUCAACAGGCGGCUCUUCAACCUGUUCCACUACCACUAGUGGGACUAGUUCCAUCUAGUUCCAUAACUGGUAACAUCACAUCCUACUUCUGUAUCCGAAACUACGAGGACCCGAGCUCAAGCAGCAACGCUUCCUCUUCAACCUGUUCCACUACCACUACUGGGACUAGUUCCAUCUAGUUCCAUAACUGGUAACAUCACAUCCUACUUCUGUAUCCGAAACUGCGAGGAGCCAUUCUCUGAGCUCAAGCAGCAACGCUUCCUCUUCAACCUGUUCCACUACCACUAGUAGGAUUAGUUCCAUCUAGGUCCAUAACUGGUAACAUCGCAUCCUACUUCUGUAUCCGAAACUACGAGGAGCCAUUCUCUGAGCUCAAGCAGCAACGCUUCCCCUUCAACAGGCAGCUCUUCAACCUGUUCCACUACCACUAGUGGGACUAGUUCCAUAACUUCUCAUGUUCCGACACUACUGUAUCCGAAACGACGAAGAACCGCUCUCCUAGCUCAAGCAGCAGCUCUUCCCCUCUAACUUGCUCCACUAACACCAGUGGGACUAAUCCCAUCACUAGUAACAUGUUCCGCUAGCAGUUCCACUAGUUAUACGUUUGGGAACAAGUUCCAUCUGUAAUUUUAGUAACAAGAAUAUUACCACUAGUAAUUGUAGUGACUCGAGCACUCAAUUAGUUCUAUACACAUACUAAAACCUAGUUAAGUAUUAAAAAAACAGAAAACUGUUCUGCACUAAUGGAACACUCAAAAGUUCCAUAGUCACAUUGGAACAUACGGACUACGAUGUGAAUGUGAUUAAAGUAUAAAAUAGUAAUGUUAAUAUAAGCCCCUAUUUGAUGUUUCACUUAGAAAUUGUAGGUAGUGGACUUUAUUACAACAGCAACAGUGAAGUGAAAGUUGCCAUCUGACUGAAGUGAUGUGAAAAUGACUAAGUGAUAAAUAUGAUAAAUUCAGUGUAAUGUUAUAUUGACGAUAAAAUCGUAAUAUCGGCGGUCGAUAUAUAAUGAACUUUUGGGACAUUUAAACAGCAAUAUAUCCUUAAAAAAAUAUACCUACGAUUGAUUUUUCUAAGAUAAUCACAUUGUAAAAAAACAAUGUGUAGAUUUCAAGUGUUUCCUUUGCAUUUGAAGUAAUAUUUUUGUUUAGAUUGGCCUUAAGUUCUGGAGUUUCUUAGGAAAUGUUUAUCUACUAUUCAUAAUCUAAAGAAAUCCUAUUAUCAGAUAAACAUUUUUUGAGAAACGGGUCUAUGUACUGGCAAUUAUUUAUGUUAACUGUUUUUUAUGUUAUUUAUGUUAGCUUUAGAGGCUAUUGCGAUUCUCAGGGUCCUAUGUGUACAAAAUGUCAUAUUUUUAUGAUGCUGAGCGCCUAUAGAUAUUGCUCUGAAUGUUGACCUUUCAUACACUAUCUGUACCCCUAAAUUUCAUUCGAUAACGUGACGGGGAUGUACGCGUUUGCGUUAAGUCGCAUUUUGUAUGGGUUUUUGCGCAGCGCGCCUAACGGGACAUUUUGGAAACUCGAAAUCCAUCGAAUGAAACUUACACUAAGGGUACCAAUCCCUGAGAAUUUGAAAUAUCAGUAACCCUUUCGGCUUUUAUUUCGUUUUAGUUAGUGCUUUUAAUUUCUUAGUCAGAAUAGUUGUAAGUUAUUUUGGACUUGUGAUGUUUGUUUGAAGGAAUGUUAUUUUUUAUAUUUAAAAAACGAAAAGACAAUGUUUAUUUGAGAUUGUAUGCGUAUAUUUUUUUGUGUGAUAUGGAAGAAUUUAUUGUUUCACAUUUUUCUUUGUAAAUAGAUUAUUUUAGUUGAAUUAUAUGACUGUGAGAGCCUUUUCGAAAUUAUAUACUAUGUAAACAAGUUAACUAGGGUAUUAGCGGCUAUUGGACAAAAGCAUCUUCAAAAAAUAUAAGUAUGAAAAAGUUCCACACUAUUUCAAUGUCAUGUUUCCCCUUUAUGCCACAGAUAAUUGUAUUUCUUGUGUGCAUUUGCCCCAUAGAUCCAAUUACCCUGUCAAUCUUAUGUUAAAAAUGAAGUCAAAAUAUAAAAUAAGGAUUCAUUGCGUCAUUCAAAUGUAAAAUUACACUAUCAAAACAUUCUAUAAAAUUAUUAGUAGUUUACUUAAUAUCUUCUGACGCAGUAAUAUCUUUACUACCGACCAUUAUUAAUAAUAUUAUAAUAACCCUAAAAAUAUUCUCACAAUAUGGUAGAUUUUCGAUCUCUAGUAAUUUCUUCUAAACUCAUCUUAUGACAUAUAUACUUACGAUUUACGAAAAUUCCUAGUAUAUUCAUUAGCCAAUAAGACAUUUUAUAGUUGAAAAUGUUCUUUGGAUACAAAUGGAAACACUCCUAACAGACAACUGCAAUAUGUUACACAACGAAGGCCGCAAAAAUAUCUGACACCAUCUUAUUUGUAGCAACAUAAGAGCGUGUCACAUAUUUUUGCGGCCUUCGAAGAGUAACAUACUAUUGCAGGGGACUGUACAUCGGUGGACCUUAUUGCAAAAGGUCCACCGAUGUACACAUAGGUACAUUCGUCAUCAAAAAUAUGUUUAAGUAAAUUUUUCAGAAAUCAGAAAUUAUUUAUUUGCAUUGAUACAGUAUGGGGAUGUUACAAUAUAUGGUGUUAGUCUUGUACCUAGCUUGCAUGCAAGCGUGCAAAUUCAUCAUUAUAAUCAUAAAUAUAAAAUUCACCUCCCCCCUUAUUAUAAAGGUGCAAAAGUAAUUGAGUAAGGUGCAAAAGUGAAAACAUAUUUUCGACGUCGACUGCACUUUGGGAGCGUAAAAUCUGUAAUUUUUUAAUAGUGUUUAUUAAAAAUGCAUGUUUAUGUUGGUAGUCAACAGACGAUAUAUUUGAUUGACUCACCUUUUAAUUUUCAGGGUAAUCGUUCUCAAUAAUUAUGUACCUAACGACGUAGGUAACUAGGUGCAUAUUGCAACGCAUUACCAAUAAAUGUGUAUAUAUGUGUGAAGAGAGGCGCUGUGAUAUCGGACAGGUUCGUGUAAAUAUAGUAUGUAUGUUAGUGUUAAACACAUAAGACAGUGAAAUGCUUGUUAUGUAUCUAUCAUAUUCUUGCUUUCAAAGUUUGACCGGUUAAAGCCUGCUCAUACCGGCUGCGUAUGCGUUGUAGUAUACAGAUCCUUAUGGAAGACGGCACACCGCUUGCGUGACAUGUGCGCGCGGCUCAAACAUUUUAGCGCACGCGCAUGUGCACGUCAGGGCACGCGCAGCUGGUGUGCUCUGGCCUUUAUAGGUGUUCCAAUUUUAGUUUUUUAUUUGUAAAUUAGAGUCGGACCAAGCUAACACUGCAUGACAUUUGCAAUGACAAAAGUGUGGAAAUGUCAUUAUGAAUGUCAAAUUUCUAUGAAAAUAUGAACAUUAUGAUGGCACUCCUUCACUAUAGUCUGUUCAAGUCGCUGCAGUGAUAGCUUAGACCAACUCCAGAGAUUUUUUUUGUUUUUGCAUUCAUAAAGUAGUACAUCACAUCACCUUUGGACAUUAGCAUCCAGAUAAAUUAAAAAAAAACCAGUUUUUUUUAUGUAUUUGAUAAGUCUGGAAAGCAUGUUUUACUUUUUUUUUCUUUUAUUUAAUGUAUAGCAAUUACUUUAAACUUUAAAGUAAAGUAUACAAACAAGCAAUGAGUACAGCUUAAAAAAAGGCUAUUUGAUGAAAGAAAAUUAAAUAAUAACCCCAUACUAUACGAUACUAUUAUGUCUCGGUAAAAUACGUAUAAAUUUUACUCACUUUAAUUUAUUUAUAGCUUUUAGUUCAAGCAUAUUAAUUGUAAAUUAUUUUACGAGUAGUCUUCCAACUAUGAACCCUAUUGUUAAUGUCGUAGAUCUCAUUAUCGCGUUACACCUGACACUUAGAUUACCUUCAAAAUCACUUUUUGGGCUGUCCAUAUAUCACGUGAUGUCAAUAAUUUCAACUACUGUUGUCCAGACAUUGUGAUCGUGUUUUAUAAACGUAAUGUCACAUUGUCACCCACACGUUAUCAAGUCUUAAUGUCACGUUGUAUAUAGACGGCCCCGUAGUUCAAUUUAGUGAUGUUACACCUAGUAAGUACUCUUUGGUCCAAUGUUUUAAAAUAAGUUAGUGCAAAAAUGAUGAGUAGUAACUUUGCAAGAAUUUGUUUAAUGUAGCAUAAUUAUGAAGUAAGUUUAAGAGGGGCUAUUCCGUUUUAGUGAUUAGGGUCAGUGAGGGAGCAGUGACUCGGAAAAAAUUGCCGGGUACAGUGGCUCACUCACUCAACCUAAAGGGUGCUAGUCACUGUAGUACAGUAUAUAGCGAUAUUUGGGCAAAUGAGCCACUGUUCCCGUGUUGACCCUAUACCUACCCGCUUUAAUUAGUAUGUAUUAGUGGGCAACAAUUAAAUUCGACCAAUCAUAGUGUCGUAUUGCGUAUGUUUUGUCCCUCACGGAGGCACGCGUAUACCACUUCUAUAGGAUCCUACCCUCUAUGAUCGGAAUAGUCCCCCUAAUACUUUUGUUUUUUAAUUCACUAGAUUUGGACCAAAGCGUUACUCGACAGGAUCAGAUACGAUUUGCCGUCCACGCUCUGAAUAUGGUAAUAUGCGUCAAUCUGCCAAUACCGUUAGUAUACUAUGUACAGUUUACUUUUGGACUCCUUUAAAUCAGCUUAUUCGAGGCUCAAGACUUGCAGCUAUAAUUCCUUUGUUUUAUAUUUUCCUGUCCUCCGGCCGGUAAGCGUCAACUUUCGGUCCGCUGCGCUAUACAGUCUGACAAAGAAGAGUAGAAAUUAUAAAACGGCAACACUGUAGUGUCAUCCCGUUUUCUUAUAUAAAUUGGUUCGAAAGGGACGACACUACUCACACUACAGUCUUGCCACUUUUUAAUUUCUAGUUUUUUAUUGUCAGAGUACGAAGUUGCCGCUUUCCGGCUCCGUCGCGCAGAAAAAUAGUAUACAAACCUCGGCCAGUAAAUGGAAGCCUCAGAUCACAUGUAAUCCGAUACAUUUACUUUACUGCCCUAGGUAUGUAAUAUUUUAUUACAGUACAUAUGGUGCUACUUUACCGCUCUAGGGAGGGAUUAAGGACAAUACGUGCCUAUGUCAAAAAUCUGAAGGGCCAUAUGUACUGUAAAACGUUGUACAAUACACGUGCGAAAAGGUAAUUCGUCGGUUAACACUUUGACUACCGAGAACCCGCCUAGUAGGCACUCGUAAUGUUUGCUCAGAUGCCGGACAACCCGCCCAGCGGGUUGCUUUGUACGCAGAUAUAGACGACCGGUUUCUGGGGUAGUGCGCCGUUUUUUGCCCGGUUGCGAAAGUGUUAAAGGUCGUGCGAGUUUCCUACUUUUCGCACUUGUAUCGUAAUUGUUUUAUAUUUUGAUUGAAAGAGUGCAAUGGCAAUACAUGGUAAUUUGGUAAUGCCACAGUGUAUGUGAUAUUUUGAAUGUGUUUAUUGAUAAUAUAGAUUCUAGUCUGUACCGCUGAAAGUUUCUUUCUGUAAAUUGUGAAUUUAAUUUGUUUAUAAAUGUGAAAUAAAGGAGUCUAAAUAAAUGUUAUUAAUCAAGUGUUUAGAUAUCGCAAUUCGGUAUUAUUAAAACGCUAGUAUUAACACAACAUAAAAAUAAAGUGUAUAUUUUUAUUUAGAACAUUGUAACGAAAUUGGAAAAUAAACGUAAUUGCCAAAGUAA